GUGACUGACUCCUGUUUCGAAGGAAAAUUUAAUCCAUCUUGCCCCAAUGCAUUUGUUGUCCUGAGAGCUAGGUGAACUACCUUUGACUGUUUCCCUAGGAUUAUGUCACCCACCGAGGUAACUUUCUGUUUCAGUAGGUGAUGUCAAGAAACAAAACAACACCCUUUACGUGGAUCAGUUUUGGAAAAUAGAGACCUGCUUUAUCUCCCAGGUCUUUGAUGUGUUCAGUGGUUCCUGUAAGGAUCUGCCUCUCUUUUGUGUUGAUUGACAAUACCUUUCCUAUAUAUUUGAGCAGUCAAGCAGCCCAGGAACAGAGGGUAGAGACAUUUACCCAGAGCGAGCUUCUACCACCCAUUGUGACUUGCCGAGACCUUGGGCAAGUGUGAGCUCAAGAGAAGAGUUGGCUCCCGCAAGAGCAGCAUGAAGCUGGCGUACCUGUUCCUCGGCCCCAUGGCCCUCCUCCUCCUGGCUGGCUGCUGCUGUGUCCUCAGCACCUCCAGCGGGAACCUGCGCACCUUUGUGGGCUGUGCCGUCAGGGAGUUUACUUUCCUGGCCAAGAAGCCGGGCUGCAGGGGCCUUCGGAUCACCACCGAUGCCUGCUGGGGCCGCUGUGAGACCUGGGAGAAGCCCAUUCUGGAGCCCCCCUACAUCGAAGCCCACCACCGAGUCUGUACCUACAACGAGACCAAACAAGUGACCGUCAAGCUGCCCAGCUGUGCCCCGGGGGUCGACCCUUUCUACACCUACCCCGUGGCCGUCCGCUGUGACUGCGGGGCCUGCUCCACUGCCACCACCGAGUGCGAGACCAUCUGACGCUGGCGUGGCCUGCAGCACGGGUGGCAGCCUUGAGCCUCGCAGACCCACCGGCACGGGCAGCACCAGCAGCACCAGCAGCGAUGACCCCUGGAGUCGAGGACUGUUUAAUUUGGACCACACUGUGGAGGAGGUUGCCUGUCUCCCUUGGGUUCAGCUCAGGCACCAGGCCCGGAGGCAGCACACAGCUAACAAAAUGCAAAGCCAUAUCUGUGCCUUCACUAGCAUAAGUUCUCCUGUUCACACACCUGCAAAUUAAUUUUCCUCUACCUUGAAGCUCAGGACAUAAUCUGUAUAGCACCAUCGUGGGUUUAUAACACGCCAGUGGGUUCAAUGCAGUGGGCGUAAUUAGGAAAUGAGGCUAGGAAGUCUUUAAAUUCUCAUGUCCUCCUUAAUGACUGGCCUCCAAUAGAUUUAUGACAAAAGGGCCAGAAAUCAAUAAAACCACUGCUUUAGUCCCCCUGCCUCCACCCCAAAUCCCACUGCAAGCUUCCUUAGAGAAAGUCCUCCCUCUCCUUGGAACUGGGCAAUUAUCAAAGCAGGUAGGGAAAUGGUAGCUCAAAAGGAAAGGAAUCUGGAUUUGGGUGAUUCUUUUUUCAAGCAAAAUUCCCUAAGUCCCCUCAAGAUCCUUAAUAAAGAGGCUCCUUUUAAAUAAAAGUUCUCUGGAACAAUAGGGAGUGGCAGCUAUCAUUUACACUUAAAAACUUACAAAAUUAAACUUGUGUUUUUAGACUCAUGGGAUGCUCUCCCAAAGCUAUGCCCCAAAUGAUGAACCACAAAUAUCCUUUCCCAUUUAUAGCCUAUUUGAAAUUGAAAUUGUAAUUUUUUUUUAAACUCAGAAAAAAUGUUUGUAAGGGGUAAGACUGCAUUGCUGGCUCGGGGAACGUGAUUGUGUAGCUGUUGCCCUCUCUAAAGCCUCUGGCAGCUGGUCCUCUGGCUCUUUUAAAACUCCAGUGCUUUGCAAGUGUCUUUAAUUCUGACA